UCUUGCCUGGAAAAUUCCAUGGAUGGAGGAGCCUGGUAGGCUACAGUCCAUGGGGUUGCAAAGAGUUGGACACGACUGAGAGACUUAAAGCCAGAUUAGUCAGCUCCUCUUAGAAUUCAUGUAUUAAAAAAAUACUAAUCAGAGAUUGUAAAAUUAGUUUGUGCCCCAAACCCUGACUACAGACAUCUUUUGUUUGGCCCAUGUAGCAAUUAAAACAAUGAGAAAUUUUAUAUAAAAAGUAAAACCAUCAAAUUAUCCAGAAAAUAUCUACUGAGCUUGGCAGUUACAAGGUCAUGAAUGGUCCUGUCAUGAAAAGUAAGUGGAACUCGCUGUUCAUUAUUGAUUAAAGGUCCUAGGCUUUGUGAAGUUACCUGUUAACCUGUAGGUUUUUGUCCAGGAGGGACGCAAAUCCCAUUUUCUUUCCAGUGGAAUAGAUGACUCCAAGUUAGAUAUAGUUCUACUCUGUAGGACAGUUAAGUAGUUUGUGUCUAACUUUACAACCUUACACUAAUAUUCCAUUGCUAAAUUGUCUAUAAAUACCUAGCUGUGCAAAUGCACUUUUUGACAGUUUUAACAAGGUACUGGUUCCCUCACUGGUUUAUGCAAUGAGUUGUAUAAAGUAUGUUAAUAUUCAUUUUUUAUUUGCAUGAGAAUCAAUUUCACCUUUUUGAAAUUAUGCUUUUAACAAAACUUUUGAGCACUGUCAAAGGGACACUCAGAGCAAAAUCUUUUUAAGAUUUUUUUUGAUGUGGACCAUUUUUAAAGUCUUUAUUGAAUCUGUUACAAUACUGCUUCUGUUUUAUGUUUUGUUUUUCAGCUGUGAGGCCUGGGAUCUUAGUUCCCCCUACCAGAGACUGAACCUGCACCCACUGCAUUGGAAGGCAAAGUCUUAACUGCUGUACCACUAGGGAAGUCCAGAAUAAAAUCUUUUGAAAGUUUAAUUGCAAAAUAAGUUUGUGAGGAAGUUCAGGCUUUAGAAGAACAAGCUUGCCAAAUAGAAAUUACAAGAAUUUAUAGGAAGAAACUACACAAUUUCCAAGGAUAGAGUCUAUAGUUUGUUCAUGGUUCUCGCACUACGAUCCAUAUUUUUAGACAUCAGCAUUGCAAAAAUCAGAGACAAAGCGUUUGAUUUUAGGGAGUCUUAAUUUCAGAGGAAAGGCUCAGGUUCUCGAGUUUAUUUGCAGGACUAGAACUAGAUACCGUGACCCUGAUGUGUGUGUCGAUGAUGGUCUGCUUUUAUCUCAGGAUACAACGUUCUUCACUUUUUUCCCCUUGAUUUGGGAAUCUGAUGUACCCAGUAACUCCUGAUGGAAGCAGUGCAAGGAGUCAGUUUGCUUCUACAUCAUACAUGGAAGGACAAUUAUAGGAUACAACUGGAGAGAAGCAGCAUUGAAUUUCUGUUAAAAAUGGGAAAUUCUAAGGUGUUUUUAAGCGCUGGCAGAAAAGGAAGACAGAAAAAGCUAUGUGAUGAUCUGGAGGAAAACCAUUCCAGACUGAAAGAAAGCACAGAGCACAGACCCGGAGCUCCAGAAAGAUCUAGAAGAGGUGAAGGUUCUGCUGGAAAAAGCCACUAGGAAAAGAGUACGUGAUGCCCUGACCGCUGAAAAAUCCAAGAUUGAGACAGAAAUGAAGAAUAAGAUGCAGCAGAAAUCACAGAGGAAAGCAGAACUUACAGAAAAUGAGAAGCCAGCUGCUGUGGUUGCUCCUAUUACAACAGGAUAUACAGUGAAAAUCAGUAAUUACGGAUGGGACCAGUCAGAUAAGUUUGUGAAAAUCUACAUUACCUUACCUGGAGUUCAUCAAGUGCCUGCUGAGAGUGUGCAGGUGAAUUUCACAGAGAGGUCAUUUGAUCUUUUGGUAAAGAACCUAAAUGGAAAGAGUUACUCCAUGAUUGUGAACAAUCUCUUGAAACCCAUCUCUGUGGAAGGCAGUUCAAAAAAGGUCAAGACAGAUACAGUUCUUAUCUUAUGUAGAAAGAAAGCAGAAAACACACGGUGGGACUACCUGACUCAGGUUGAAAAAGAAUGCAAAGAGAAAGAAAAGCCCUCCUAUGACACUGAAACAGAUCCUAGUGAGGGAUUAAUGAAUGUUCUAAAGAAAAUUUAUGAAGAUGGAGAUGAUGAUAUGAAGCGAACCAUUAAUAAAGCUUGGGUGGAAUCAAGAGAAAAGCAAGCCAAAGGAGAUACAGACUUCUGAGACUUUAAAGUCUUUUCGGGAACUGUGAUGUGGAAAAAUGAUGUUUCCAAUAAGGAAAUGUUGCUGAGCUGCACAAAUCUGACAAGGAACUACUUACACAGCCUUCUUCUAAGUAAAGGCAAUGAAUUCUCUACUUCCUGCUGGAGGAUUUAUUUAAAUAAAAUUCGCUUAUUAAACACUU